AUGAACGCUACUGCGCCGGCAUUGAUCCCGCCCUUCCGCUUCAGUACAGUGCAGCAGGGGCUGUUCCGCGGCGCAUACCCGACGCUCAAGAAUUUCCGCUUCCUGCGUCGGCUUGGACUGAAGACUCUGGUGUCCGUGAUCCCAGAGCCGCCCACGAGCGAUCUGGCGGACUUCUGCGCCAACGAGAAGAUCACGCUCCUGCACUUCUACGCUGAGAAGUUCACGUCCGAUAAUGUUACUGUUUCGCCCUCUACAGCAGCACAAAUCGUAGACAUCCUCGUGCAGAAGAAGAACCUCCCGCUGUAUAUUCACUGUCUGGACGGAUCCAAUGUCACGGGCAUCGUCGUUAUGAUCCUCCGAAAGCUCCAGAACUGGACGAAACUUGCCACAGUCUCGGAGUUCUGCAGAUUCACUCGUGACCAUGGCAUCGAGAAGGACGAGUCCGAGUACCUUGCAGUCUUUUCGGAGGAGAUCGUUGUGACUGCCGACGCCCCGCAUUGGCUGUGGAAUGGAGUGCGCGUAAGUAAACACCCGACUAUGAUCGUUCAUCAACCGGAUCUAGAGCUAGCGACGGCCAAUACGCUGGAUUCUGCAGGGAACCCAAACAACGGAGCGCCAAACCUCAAAUGGGAGACAGAAGUCGAAAAGACUGAGGCUAUCCUACGACAAUUCGAGGAGGCCAGUCGCAACCGCAUAGGAGAAGUUGUCGAAGGUAGUGAGGAGGUGGAAACUAUCAUCGAAGAAGCGUUGCAGGACCUUCCACUCACUCGAUCACUCGAAGCGCUUGACCUUGCCGGAGUCUGA